UCAAAAAUGGUGGACGUUUCAAAAUUGAAAACCGAAACGCAAAAUUGACAGUUGAUCGUCACCAUUGCUUAGGCAAAUAACUGUUACAAUCCAGAUAUGAAUAAUAAAGGAUGCAUUGGCUAUAACAGCAACAAAAUCAUAAGCAAUGAGUAUUCAGAGACCCUUUCACAUAAUAAUACUACCAUUUCAGAGAGUAAACAAAAUCAUGAAAAUGUAUCCACUCUUUCACCUACACGAAAAAAUUACAUCUCUCCUGAAACCACCAUCAAAAAUAUAAUUUCUGUCAAAUGCAUCAACGAAGAUGAAGAUUCUCUUGGCUAUUUCGUACCCACACAACCAAAGCGUCGUAAAAUCCAUAUGACAUCAGAUAUGUGCCAGAAAUUUGCAGAUUCUCCUGAUCAUGGUGGAAAGAUUUUAACAAAUCCAGCUGGCAGCCAACUUCCAAACACAGAUAUUAAUCUCCAUCAUUUAGCACCACGAUAUCAUACAAACAGAAAUGCAACUGCUUUUCAGAGUGCAAAAUAUGCUGAUGGGUCUAAAAUCAAUUCAAACAACGUUGGAGUAGAGAUUUCAAAUAACUUGACAUAUAAAAGUGGAUUAACAUCAAGUUUUAAAUCCGGACAAUUUGGUGGAUUUACAUCAGCUGCAAAAUUGCACAAUGAGAGUCCAGAUCUUUCAUCCCAUUUUGAUAUGAAACCAUCAACUUCUUUUACAGCAACUGUUUCUCCCAGGAAAAAGUCAAAGAUUUCGGUAAAUACUGAUUCAAAACAGAAAUCAAUUACAACUUUCUUUGGUGCAUCUUCAUUCUCUAAUAAAAGAAAUGGUUGUAGUAAAUCAAAUGAACAAAUCACGAGCUCACAUAUAGUUGUUUCAGACAGUCCUAUUUCAACACCUGAGAAAUCGGAACAAAUCAAUUAUGGUACUCCUGUUAAGAUGUAUUCUCCAAUUAAAAAACUUCAGGGAUCUUCAAAUAUUUAUAUAAGUGAUGACAGUCCAUCUGAUUCACAAAAGUCACAGACCAGUAGAGUUGAUGUAGGAAACAAUUCAGCUAUGAAACAGCUAUUUGAAGGACAAAAACAUUAUCAAUCAAACAAGAUUGUGCAGAGCAAGAAAUCAAACUCAAAAAGCAAAAGAAGAAAUAGUGUAAAAAAAACUAUUAACUCAAGGGUUACAGCAUUAAAACAAAGUACAAUAUUUAGCCCUGGUAAUAUCAGCUCUGAAGAUGAUGACAUAUUGUGUACUGAAGUUGAUUUGGCAUCUGAAAAAUUUGGGUUAUUAGGGUCUUCAUUAAGCUCACAACCAGGACAAGAAAUGCCACAAAUUGACUAUUUUGAACGCUUACCAGAUGAACUUUUAGAAAUAAUCUUUGCUCAGCUUCCUAUGCUAGAUCUUUGCCUAAACAGUAAUAGAGUCUGUACGAGAUGGAGUCACAUAAUUUCUUCAGAUAGAUUUGUUCCGUGGAAGAAGAAAUAUAACAGGUUGAAGAAAGGGCUGCCAGGUGCUAUGACAGAAAUUAAAAGCAUACUCGUAGAUGAAAAAAUGAAUAAAUUUGUUGAUUUCCUAACAGGGCUUAUCAGGUAUAUGAAGAAGUUCAAACCUAUUACAGCAGGAAAUAUAAUUCAAUGUUUAGAGAAACAUACAAAAUAUAAUUGGGCAAAGGCUUUGAUGAAGGAAAGACUAACCGACUGUUUAUUAAAUGAAGAGCCCAAUCCUUGGUGCUGUAUCACUAUCCUAGUCAUUAUAUCACAGACAGUGUAUGACAUACAGGAGAUAAUCCAGUGUUUACUGGUACCUACCUCACAGUGUACCUCUAUAGAGCUACUGGAAUGUCUAUACUGUAUUGCUACAUUCCUGUAUGCCUUCAAGACUGUCAAAAGUGAUGAUGUGUGGAAUGGAAUGCAUUACAGGCUAUUUUAUGCUCUAUACUUGUAUGAGAAUGCAUCUGCCACUAGUCUUGGUGAUUUGCAAAAUGCCAUUACCAAUAAAUCUGGACAACAAAGUCUAAUAAAAUACAGUCGCUCAGAUUGUACAGUAAAAAUGACCCAUGAACAGAGCCGAAUUGUCAGCUAUAAUGUAGAACCAGGGGAAGUAAUCAAAAUUGUGGCCUUUGCAGGUACUGGUAAAACUACAACAUUAGUCAGAUACACUAAGAUGAGACCAAGCAUGAGAUUCCUGUUGGUAGUAUAUAAUAAGUCUAUAAAAGAGCAUGCUAAUACCCAGUUUCCAGGCAAUGUGGUGUGUAAGACAGGUCAUGGUUUAGCAUUCCAGUAUACAGGUAGAAGAUAUAUAGCUGCCAAGAAGUUGAGGAAUCUGAAAGUUUAUGAAAUAACUCAGGCUCUUCCUUCUAGAAAGGGAGAUAACUUGUUUAUAAGAGCUAAGUUUGUGAUGGACACAGUGAACACAUUUAUAUCCUCAGCAGACCCCUGUAUUACAACAGAACAUGUACCAGAGAAAAGAAUGGAUGACAAUGGACAAAUGACAUAUAUAGAUUCUGACAAAAAGAAUCUGUAUGCCAAAGAUGCUGAAAUCAUCUGGACUAAGAUGUUAGAUUUCAAUUGUAAGGAAGUAGGAAUGACUCAUGAUGGCUAUCUGAAGGUGUACCAACUAUCCAAACCAAAGUUAUAUAAUUAUGACUGCAUAUUGAUAGAUGAAGCUCAAGACAUGUCUCCAGCCCUUGCUGAUAUACUUUUGAACCAAUCACAAGCUAAGAUUUUGGUAGGAGAUCCACAUCAACAGAUUUAUGCAUUCCGUGGAGCAGUUAAUGCCAUGAGUCGUGUGCAAUCUACGACUAUCUUUUACCUCACACAGUCUUUCAGAUUUGGGCCAGAAAUAGCACAAAUAGCUGCAUGCUGUUUAGAGACAUUGAAAGAGGAAAAAAUGAAAACACUAGUUGGUAAUGGUAAAAAAUGUGAAAUUACAGGUAAAACAGUUGGUCAGGUAGCCAUCAUCUGUAGAAGUAAUUAUACCGUGUUUAAUGAAGCAGUCAAGAAAUGCUGUUUUAGAGACCAAGACAAUAUCAAAAUAGGAUUUGUUGGGGGAACUGAUGGUUUUGGUUUUCCAAAAUUGCUAGAUAUAUAUACUCUGAUGAUGUCACCUGAACAAAGACAGAAAGAAAAAAGAGUUGUACAGGACCAUUUUAUAAAGAAAUUUCACAACAUGGGAGAAUUGGAGAAAUAUGCCAACAAAACACAAGACCCUGAACUAUUGGGAAAGAUUAAAAUUGUCAGAACUCAUCAUCACUGUCUGCCAAGUUAUAUCAGCAAAAUUCUCAGUAGAUGUGUGAAGGAUCUGAAGGCUGCAGACUUUAUAUUGUCGACUGCUCACAAGGCUAAGGGGUUAGAGUUUAGUACAGUCAGAGUAACAGAUGAUUAUGGUGUUAAUCCUAUCCUACAGAUGUUGUUUAGACAUGUACCAGAAAUAGCACAGGCUAUGCCUGCUAACGCAAGAGAAAUUAAUAUGGAUGAAGGCAAUCUUCUGUAUGUAGCAGUAACUAGAGCUAAGCAUGCUGUUCAGAUGUCUUCUACAGUCAAAACUAUUCUACAGCUAUGUGGUGAGAGAUUUGAACAUCCAGUGUGUAGUCAAGUCCUUCAGCAACAGGGUGUUACCAUGAAAUGUAGAGAAACUGAUCAAGAAUUUAAACCUUAUGCUCUCACUGUACAGAAAGAAACUGUAAAAAUGAGUGACGAGAAGUCAGUGGAUGGUGGAGUUUUAUCACCAGAUAUAAUUACUGAUCAGAGAGCUAAUAUACGUCAGCUUUAUGGACUAUUAGACAAGGAUAAAAAGGAUAGACCAAAAGAAAAGAGGCCAGCCUAUGUGAUUAUGGAUCAGGAUUAUGAUGAAGAAGAGGAGGAUGAGGAAUAUGGUGGAAUGAUGGCAGGAAUCUUUUAACUUCACUGGAAUGUUUUAGGAGUGCCUAUACGAAGGGAGGACUCUUUUAACUUCAUCAGAAUUUUUAGGAGUACCUGCAAAAUAGAUAUUUAAAUGCAUAGUUUUGUUUACUAUACAGCAAUGGUGUUCACUUAUUAUUAGACUUUAUAUUUUUUAAGUAUUUCAGAAACCGUUGUCUUUCAUUGUCCAUAAGUUAUUUAAUGAUUUUACAACUGUUUUAUUAGGAUUGGUUUCUAUGUGAAUAUUUAUGUAUAUUUUUUUUUAAUUCUGUACUGAAAAAUGAUUACAAGUUUGGUAUUCUGUUUUCAUUAGCCAUAUGUUAAUAAAUUUUCAUAACGUUUAAGAUUGAUUGAAUAUUACUAAGGGAAAUAACCAGCUUUAACUCUUGUGUUGUCAUUUAUACAACAUCAGAUGUUUAAAUAAUUACCAGUAUGGCAAAUCAGAUAUUAAUGUCAUGUGUUUUCUAUCCUACAAACUACUUUGGAGAGAUAAAAUAAAUCUAAUAGAAAUAUGAGACCCAUAUCAUGAGAGUAAAAAUUCAAGAUAGGGCAUUAUUUAGCAGAAAAAUCCAUUAUUUAUUCUUUACUGAUUGAUUUGAAAUAAAUAUUUGGUUCAUUCCUAUUUCAGUAUGACCAAUAUUUUUAAACAAGAUAUCGUGUGUUAAUUCAAUAAUUUUUGCACAUUUAUGUAUUUAUAGUUCUUACUUUCACAAUGUGAAGUAUUCCCUGAAUGUCUCAUGAUUAUCAUACUAUUUAAGUGUAAAUGUAACAUUAAUUUUGCAGCGAAAACUGUCAUCAUGUGUGAUGUAUGGUGCUAUCAUAAACUUUUUUUAUAAAGUUGUUUGCUUACUAUGAACUUGAUGAAAGAUAUUGUUUCAAAUAAUCAACACAUUUUGUCCAUGAUUUGAACUAUUUUUCCUCAUGUAAAUAAAUCAAAGUGGCUUUAAUGAUUAUUCAUGUCUAUGUUUUUCAAAAUGAUAACUAGUAUGAUAUUGUAUAAAAGUUCUACUUUAGUAAGCUCUCUUUUCCUUUCUUACAUAGAGACUGACAUUAAGAUUAAACCUGUCCCAGAAUGCUAUUAUGGUUGGAGGAAAUGCUAAUUUUUAGUUGUUUUUUGUGCAUGAAUUCUCAUAUAAAACUUAUAUGAGUUAUAACUUCAAUAAAAAAAAAAGUGCAAUAAAGCAAAGAUUUCAUUAACGUUUAUGCAUGUUGUAUAUAAUUUAUUAAUGUAGUUUUUAUGUACUUUGUUGAAAUGUACACAGUUAUACUGUUCACAUUUAUACAUGUAUAGGGAAAUUGUCAUACUAUAUAGAUAUAGGAAGAUGUGGUAUGAGUGCCUAUGAGACAACUCUCCAUCCAAAUAACAAUUUAAAAAGUAAACCAUUAUAGGUUAAAGUACGGCCUUCAACACGGAGACAAUAUAUAGUGUAACAAGAAACAGCACCAUGGAAACAAUAUACUGUGGGUUCAUUAUUAUUUUCAGUAUACCAAUAUUGGUUUGUUUUUUGGGGUAAAAUGAGCCAAGUUUGAAUGGUCAACAAAGUUAAAAUUUUCUGUAGGCUUGUAUGCAGACUUUUGUAAAUCCACAAAAUGCUAUAUCUAUGAAAGAAUAGUUUUCCUCAAUUCCAAAAAAUGGUGUCCAUUAAAAUAAAUGAAUCCACAGUACUGUAAAUAUAUAAACUAUUGUGUGCAUUUAUUAUUAUUUAUUAUUGCCAUUUUUUUAGACAAAAUGUGAGAUAGAUAAUACUUUUUUUUCAGUAUACAGUUUAUGUAUCUUAAAAUAACAAUUCACAACCAGGCAUUAAUAAAAAUCUCACAAUAUUUUCAAACAAUGCUUUAAAAUUGAUAUCAUAUGAAGUUUUUAGAUUUACUUUUACCU